AUGGGUCUCCCCGCCCACCUGAUCCCAGCUCUGGUCUGCUUACUAGCAUGUAGCAGCAACUUCAUCCACGGACGCAAUUUCAACAUCACCUUACAAGAGACCAUCAAGACGCUGAAUAUCCUCACAACAAGAAAUGAUCCACAGUGCAUGGAGCUGCCCAUAGCCGACGUCUUGGCCGCCCCAAAGAACAUGACCGAGAAGGAGACCUUCUGCAGGGCCGCGGUGGUGCUGCGGCGGCUGUACAAGCACCACAACUGUGAGACCCAGAGGUUCCUGAGAACACUGGACAGAAACCUCAACGGCAUGGCCAACAAGAUCACGUGUUCCGUGAAUGAAGUCAGGAUGAGUACACUGAGAGACUUCCUGGAAAGGUUAAGGAGGAUCAUGCAGCAGAAAUACGCAAGGGGUUGA